CCGACGACAUCAACCACAAAGGCAUCUAUACAACACUUCGCCCACUUCAUCGCAUUACCCGCAAUCAUGGUCCUCUUCGAUGAAGAUCCCGUCACUCUCAUCCGCCAAACAACACGCAACUUCCACACCGACAGCGACCUACAAGCCAUCUCGCGCAUAACAUCCUCCCUCUCUACCCUGCGUAGCGCCCGCAGCCUCCGUCUAAACGCCCAACAAACACAACUCUCCCAGCUCUCGCGAAAAGCCCACCACCUACGCACAACCCACGAUGCCGACAUCUCGCGCCACGAUCCUGCCGCUCACGCCUCUGAUAUCUUAGCCUUGGACACUGAAAAGUUCCGCGUCGCAAAAGCUGCAAACGAGCUAGAAAUUGAAGGCGAAAAAUUGGGCUCAGAAGUCUACGGUCUGAAAAAGCAAUUGCAAAGAUUGGAAGAACAAGGUGAUGAGGUCGAAAGUGCUGAAAACAAAGCAGAAGAUGAAGUCGUAUUAAAACUAGGCGUCUACCGCAGUCUGGGAAUCGACGCAGAACAAGACCACAACACCGGCGAUUUCACCCGUGCAGUUAUUAGAAAUACAGCAAAGGGAAACGUCAAUGUCGUCAAUCUGGGAUCAAAAUUCGACCGCUUCUUUUAUGCAAACCACUUUUGGAACAGCAUGUAGAAGAGGGAGGAGAGCCAACGAAGCUUUGUUUUCGGGUUCAAAGGCGUUUUUGGUUUUGAUCGGAUUCCUUGUAUAUACCCACGUUUUUCUCACGGUUUAUGACCUUUCUUCUUCUGUUCAGUCAUCCCAAGAGCAUGUGGUUAAUAGACAGAAUUCAUCUCUUUUGCUCUCCC